AUGGGCGGAUUGUACUCAAAACAUGGACCACAGCGCGACACGUGCGUGACCACUAGUGCCCUGGCAGACCGCCAGGGGCAGCACCAGUGCUCCGCUGCCACGGCCGGCCUGGACUACGCAAAGCCCCCGCCAGAGGUCAUCAGUGUGCGUUGUCCGCCAACUCUCGCCGAUGGCCAGAAGACGCCACGGAGUGAUGACGAUAUACCGGUGGAUCCUUGCUGCGAGAUCAUCGUUCAUGGUGUGACGACGGCGUUCCGGCGGCACCCCGGGACGGGCUACCCGUUCGGGCAGCUGUCGCCCCAGCGCAUGCUGGUGGUGUUCUGCGCCGAGCUGCUGGGCACGGCUCUGCUCCUGUUCAUGGGCUGCAUGGGCGGCGUCGCAGGGCUCGCCGGCCCGACGCACCAGCCGCACCCGCUGCAGGGGCCGCUCGUCUUCGGCAUGACCGUCGCCUCCAUCAUACAGAUGGUGGGCCACAUCUCGGUGGCGCACCUCAACCCCGCGGUGACGCUGUGCGCCGUGCUCAGGGGUGACCUCACCGUGCCCGCCGCCGCCCUCUACGUCAUCGCACAGCUCAGCGGCGCCCUGCUCGGCUUCCGCCUGCUGCUGAGUGUGACGCCAUCUUCAGCGGUGUGUGACUGCACGACGACGCCGGCAGCGGGGCUGUCUACAACGCAGGCGCUGCUCGUGGAGACGGGGGCGACGGCGAUGCUGAUACUCCUGUGCCACGGCUCGUGGGACGCGCGCAACUGCCACAACUCGGACUCCACGCCGCUCAAGUUCGGCUCCUACAUCACCGGCAUCUCCAUCGCUGCGGGUCCUUUCACUGGAGCCAGCAUGAACCCUGCCAGGACACUUGCUCCAGCGCUCUGGAAGGGUGUUUGGAAAUGCCACUGGGUGUACUGGGCUGGUCCUUUAGGAGGCUCCGUCCUGGCUACUGUGAUGUACAUGUCGGUGUUCACAGAGAAAACAACUAGAUCAGCUGCCACAGAAGACAACAGCUCUGUAGACAAGUUCAAAGCAGACGUCGACGUCGUGGAAAGCAUAGAAAAGUUCCCAUUCAGCCAGCUGCCAGACAACUGUCGUCAAUGUCAUCCAGUGCAUUCCCAGCCAGAGAUUUACAAACAGACUCUGCCUUGAAGCUGAUGCUACACCACUGAAGCAGUAAUCCGAUACUUACACAUUUUAUUUACUGGUGGCAGUCGUAACAAAAUGUGCUGAAGACAUUUAGCUCUGAAAUAGCGGUAUACGUCUGCAGUGUUGCAUUUGAGUGAACUGUUUACAAUAGUUAUAUGUGCAGUGUUGAAUAGGUCGCAUGGACAUGAAAAUAAUUCUAAAGAUUGAACCUGGAAUUGUUUUAGCAGCAGUCAUGUGAUAACUAAAAACUAGCACCAUAGCUAACCGAUAGUGUCUCAAAGACCAGGUACGUGAAAACGCUUGACAGUUGUUUACAACGUUCGUUUCAGUGUGCAGGUUUAUAGGACCAAUGCAAUCAGUUUAUUGAGAAGGAGAAAGAACAGCAAGCGACACUUCUCUGUAGAAAAGUGGACAUUGUGUACAAUGGGAUAUCCCAAUCGUUACUAUCGUUGGAAUGUGAACGAAAUUCGAUUUCCACUGCCAAACAGACUGAAAAGGGUGGCGACACAGACUAGUUUAAAAAUGAAAAGUUAAUUGUGACAUGCUUUUUUUUAAAAAAGAGCUGUGGUGUUGUCAGUAUUAGAUAAGUGCCCUAAGUAUGAGAUCUGCGUGUUAGCAGUAUGUGGUAAAUAAUGUGGUGAAUAUAGAUUUAUACACGUUGAAGCGGGUUCUCGCAGAUUUUGUACUGUGCCAUGAAAGUUAAUAGCGAAUAGUGUGUUUCCACCAAUGACUUUAAUACCGGACUUGCAGAGUUUGUAGGCAACGUCUUUGUGAAUGGAGCUAACUCGCAACAUUUGGUUGUGUCUUGGUCCUAAUUUUCCAAUUUUGGGCUCCAAACUGGUCUUGGUUUAGAAUAAUGAAAGAUAAUAUCACAGGUGGGAAAGAAUUUACGGUUUACCAGUGCUUGUUUAGGAAAAAGUAGUGUUGAGGAUAGGAGUGUCUAACUCUUGUUUAUACUUUAUUCAUCCAUGAAUAAAAGUAGCAAUUCAGGAGCGGGGAAACAGUGGUGGAAACGACAUAUGGAGUCAACAUUACAAACCUACAGCUGGCAUGGAAAAUGUUAAGAAAUAUGUUACGUGCUCGCCUUAACAUGUUUGUCAGUCGAAAACAAUGCUAGCCUGGCGGUUGCAACCAUCAUUACAUUCCCAGGAGAUUAGCGUGCUACAAGAAUUGUAUUUACACGCAAGUCUUCAGCCAUGCUGUCAUGGUCAGCAUGCGUAGAAGGAGGCAGAUAUGUACUUUGAUUCCUCUUGGAGAAAUGCUCUCGAGAACUUAACGUUCAACUGGCACCCAAGCACUUUCCUGUAGUGUCUCCUUCCAGACGUUGUUGAACAUCUCAGAAACACACUCGGUCUGCUUAUACAGAUCCUUUCUGAAAAGUACCUUUUUGUUUCUUUCAUUCAGCCCCCUGAGAACAUCAUAAUCAGUAACAAUACUGAAGAAUCUUUCAGAAGGACUCUUUGUGUGAUUUACAUUUCAUUAACAUUCUGGUUUGGCAUCUCCCUUACACACAACUAGAUUUAUCACCAAAUCACAUUGUAAUCUACAAUGAACGUUUCCUUACUAUGCCUCUGAAUGUUACUAAGGAAAUGAACAACGAUAGCACUGUAUUCAGCUUGUCACAAGAUUUUCCCAAGAGCUGUUUCUCUAUCUCGAACUUCAUUUGUUAUCACAAUAACCAUAAACAUCUGGAAAAUAAGUUAAGUCAGUCCCAUUGUGAAUCCUGAAUCGGCUCCAGUAAUUGAAACAUAGUUGAAGAAGUAGCUAGCUACACUGCUCAUAUAAAUGUUACUACAUUUUUUAACAGUCUAUUUCUUAACAACACCAAUAACAGUACUUCGGUGAUAGAAUGGCAAUGUGACACUCAAAUAUUGCACUUAUAUCCUCGAUUUACACAAUUUUCUCGCUCGGGUUUUAUUUAGACUGUGUCCUACUAGCGAUUUACUUAUUCUAUAGAUACAGUUUUAGUGUUUGAUGUUGUGGCUCUGCAUAUAUUUGAGAGACUGACGUCAUGAAAGUUCCUGUUCGUUUGUAGUAGUUUUCUCUGCCUUGUAAGCUGGAGUCUACUUUUUAAAACGCUAUGUUUAUGGAAAAAUGUUAAGUUACAUGUUUCUUCGGUGUCUACUUCAAAACAUAUGUUGCACUCUAAUGACUGUCAAUAAAUCAGAAGGAAGACAAAAGCACACACUAUACUUAGUAGCACCACAUCAGUAAAGCAUGGUGGUAUUCAUACUAGCCUUACGCUUCGUAACUAUUUUACUGCAGAUUUUUUUCCUGUUUCCCACAAAAAAAUCAUUAUCAUUUCGUUCAUAUCCACGCACUUAACUUUCUGUUGUCAGUCUCCUGUCCU